CGAGAAUUCACGGCAAAUUAUUAUAGUUAUUUUUUUAAUUUUCAUUUGGAAUAGUUAAUUUUUCGAUUCAAUUUUGAUUUUAAAUUCAAUUAAAAGCGGUUUUAUUGUUAUUAUAAUAAAAAAAUGGCAAAUGGUACACGGACGAGACAAAGAGUGAACAAUAACACCAACAAGAAUAGCAAUGAAGAGAAUCUUCUUGAAAACCCAAAUAUUGACGGUGGCUGGGGAUGGGUUGUGGUGUUUGCAUCCUUUUGUAUUCACAUCAUCACUGAUGGGAUAACUUAUUCAUUUGGUGUGCUUUACAUUCAACUAUUGGAUGAAUUCAAAGAAGGAAAGGGAUACACAUCGUCGAUACUAUCAAUAAUGGCUGGAAUUACGUUAUGCUCAGGCCCCAUUUCAUCAUCGCUUACGGUCAAGUACGGAUGUCGAACCGUUAUAAUUGCUGGUUCCGUACUUGCUUCUACUUGUCUUCUAAUUAGCGUUUAUGCAGAAAAUGUAAUUACCUUAAUUCUAUCGACUGGCGUGGGAGUUGGUUUCGGUUUUGGAAUGAUCUACCUACCGGCCAUCGUUGGAGUGUCAGUCUACUUUAAAAAGUACCGAUCUUUAGCCACUGGUAUUGCUGUCGCGGGCAGUGGAUUUGGCACUUUUAUAUUUGCUCCGCUAGUAGCAUUUAUAGCCGAAGCAUACGGUUGGAGGAAAUCAUUGUCAAUUCUAUCUCUGAUUGUAUUGGGUUGCGCACUUUUCGGUGUUUUAUUUAGACCACCAACAAAAUUAACACCAAAACAUCAACACAACCAAAUCACAACAACGGAACACUCGGAUGCUUUUCAAAGAGACGAUACAAGGAAUGAAUACAGACGCCAAAAUAAUAAUGGAAAUUCCGAUAUCAUAUUUGAAUAUGAAAGCAGUGAAAAUGAAAGUAAACCUCUGAUAGAUAAUAAUAGAAAAUUGACGACAAGCACGCUGCAGCAUCGUUCGCUUCAGAACAUUUUGAACAACUCAUUGAGCGAAAUAUCAAGUACGGAGUCCGAUUCAUCUCGGCAAAUUGAGGACUGCCGUAAUGAGACUCACAAAUUGGACGUUCUAAAAAAUCCAAUAUUUCUUUUAUUCGCUGCUUCGAAUGUUGCAACAGAUUUAGGCUUUUAUAUACCGUAUUUUUACUUGCCUGAUCGUUCAAAGGAACUGGGAAUUUCUGAAAAAGAUGCGGGCGGUAUUUUGGCAACCAUUGGAAUUUUUAACACUAUCGGUAGAGUUGUACUCGGUUGGAUUUCUGACCGAUCAUAUCAACAUCGAAUUUUUGUCUAUAAGGUUUGCUUAUUUACUUGUGGUGUCGCAACCGCAUCGUCUGUGUUUUGUUUGGAUUUGGAAUCAUUGACCAUUUAUGCCGCUGUAUUUGGAUUCACCAUUGGAGCAUAUGUUGGCUUGACUUCAGUUAUUCUAGUCGAUUUGAUGGGUUUACAAAAACUCACCGAUGCUUUCGGAAUGUUGCUAUUAUUUCAAGGAAUCUCUAGUUUGAUCGGACCACCCAUUGUAGGAGCCCUUCACGAUGAGUUUAAAACAUAUACGCCAGGAUUUAUAUUUGCCGGUGCAAUGAUUAUAUUAAGCAGUAUUCUCACUUCAUUCAUUCCAAUACUACAGAAGUAUAUUGCACGCAAAGAGCUACGACGCGAAUAUGCAUCCAUCGAAUAAUUGAAUUGUUAUACAUU